CGAGCUAACCUGUCGCCCCAAUAACGAAUAGCGUGGUAUGAUUACUGAUAUCCCGGAUUAUAUAAAGAAGGCUACGCAUGCGUAUAAGACCUCUACUCAUCAUGAUUCAUUACGUGUUGCUCUUUAGCAGGCAAGGUAAGCUGAGGUUGCAGAAGUGGUACACAGCCGCGUCUCAGAAAGACAAGAAAAGAACGACAAGAGAGCUUAUCACUACCAUUCUCUCACGAAAAUCAAAGAUGUGUAACUUUCUGGAGUGGAGAGAUAUGAAGAUAGUGUACAAAAGGUAUGCUAGUUUGUAUUUCCUUGCCGCUAUUGACAAAGACGACAAUGAAUUGAUUACUCUCGAGCUGAUACAUCGUUAUGUUGAGUUAUUGGAUAAAUACUUUGGAAGUGUAUGUGAGCUGGACAUCAUCUUCAACUUCGAGAAAGCGUACUUCAUUCUUGAUGAGUUGAUAAUCAGUGGAGAAAUACAGGAAACUAGUAAGAAAAAUGUAGUGAAAGCAAUCGCUGCUCAAGACUUGCUACAAGAAGAGACAGAAGCGAUCCGAGGUGUACUGGAUGAGAUGGGCAUCCCUUGAUUCAGACUUACACUAAACUGUUUUGUAAUGCUCUUGAAUUGAAAUUGGUACAUACAGCUCUUUGUAUAUUAUGGCUGAGUGCAACCAGUAGAACUGAGUAAAUGGAGUAAACAGUC